GUCGACGUUCCGACGAGUACUGACGCCACUGCCGCGAAGCCUGUCGUACCCUGCACGUCGCCGCUUUGCCCUCACAGAACGAAACAAAUUCUCCAAUGGUUGGCGUGGGAAGAGAGGAUGCACGUUCAGGUCCCCGAGUGCCACAGUGGUAUGCGGGCCGGUCAGUGCUGGUGACGGGGGCCACCGGCUUCCUGGGAUUAGCCGUCGUGGAGAAGCUGCUGCGGUCCUGCCCUAAAAUUGGCACUAUCUACAUGCUGGUGCGGCCCAAGCGUGGACAGGACCCUCAGGAGAGGCUGGAAGCCUAUGUGUCCAAUGUGAUAUUCUCAAAGGUUCGAGAAGAGCAGCCUGACUUCGCACGCCACCUGUCCGUGAUUGGCGGCGAUGUCAGCUCCCCGGACUUCCAGCUGGAAGAGCAGGACAUUGAGGCCCUGCGGCGUGACGUGAGCGUCGUCUUCCACUGCGCCGCCAGCGUCCGCUUCGACGACAGCCUGCGCCAGGCCGUCAACACCAACGUGGUGGGCACCAAGUGCGUGCUGCAGCUGGCCGAGCAGCUGCCCAACCUGCAGGUAUUUAUGUACAUCUCGACCUCCUUCUGCCACUCAGACCAUCAAGUCACUGAAGAAAGACUGUAUCCAGCAAAAGCAGACCCCGAGAAGGUUAUGAAUAUUGUUUCCUCGAUGGAUGACGAACUUUUAGAGCUUAUAACACCAAAGAUGCUGGGGAAUCUACCAAACACAUACGCCUUGACGAAGAACCUUACAGAGGAGCUGGUGGCGAGGUACUCUGACCGGCUGCCUAUCGUCAUUGUCAGGCCGUCCAUUGUUGGACCAGUCUGGAAAGAGCCGCUAGAAGGCUGGGCAGCGAAUAUGAAUGGACCAAUCGGCUUCUUCAUAGCUGGUGGAAAAGGCGUGCUGAAGGUUAUGAUGGCACACCUCAACCUCACAGUCGACACCAUACCGGUCGAUUGCGCGGCGAACGUCAUCAUCAUCGUGGCGUGGCAUGUUGCAGAGACGAGGCAGCCGAGUCCAUAUGUUUGCAACAUAACUACGGGGGAUCAGAACCGCAUCACCUGGGGAGACAUUAUGAAGCAUCUGAUGAAGAUAAAUACGACAGAGGUUCCUCUGAGACCAGUUCUGUGGUAUAAUGAGGCAAUUGUGACGACUUCACUUGUGUGGUACACAAUCUGCCACUUCUUCCUCGAAGUAUUGCCUGCACAUAUUUUCGACUUCUUCAUCCGUCUCUCUGGAAGGAAACCAUUCUUGGUGCACGUAAACAAUCGUUUAAAUUCGGCCAAGAUCAUGGUGCGGUAUUAUGUGCUACAUGAAUGGACAUUUAUCAACAAAAACGUUGUGUCUGUGUAUGAAUCGAUGGCUCCUGAGGAUAAAGAAAUCUUUUAUUUUAAUGUUAAAGAACUUGAUUACUACGACUAUUGUAAAAAGUCAAUUAUUGGAGCGAAGCUGUACCUUCUGAAUGAGAGCAUCGAUGAUAUACCCGGUGAUGUGAGAUACAUGAGAAGGAUGUACUAUCUGCACGUUGUAGUGCGGACACUUUUCUAUGGUCUGUUACUCUGGGUACUGUACUCGAUGUCAGAGCCAGCACUGGAGAUGGUUGAAACUGAAAUGGAAUAUUUGACUUCUGUGUUUUAUGGAGCUCCUAUUAUUAGAGCACUCGCAGACGAUGAUCCUGUUUCUUCUACAAUGUUGCCAGAUGACGUGGUUGAUGUGAUAAACAGCUGAAUACUCUGUUGUCAGUUUUGUUCAGAUAA